AUGGGAGACGUCGAGCAAAUAGUGGAGAAGGAGGAAACUGACAUACAAGCAAAUGUCUUAGCCAUUCCAACGUUUGAGGCGAUGGGGCUAAAGGAGGAAUUGCUGCGUGGCAUGUAUGGAUACGGUUACAAGAAACCCACUGCCAUUCAGAAACGAUUUAUUGUGCCAUUCACUCAGUCCCGUGACCUUGUGGCGCAGGCCUCUUCCGGAUCCGGCAAGACAUCGGCCUUUUGUAUUUGUCUUCUGCAGGUAUGCCAAUCAGCGCUGCGGGAAACGCAAGGGCUUGUGCUUAGUCCCACGCGAGAACUGGCGCUGCAGACGCAAGAUCUCUGUAACAACAUUGGUCACCACAUGGGUCUCGCCGCAUACGCCUCUAUUGGAGGAAAGAGCGUGGAAGAUGACAUACGUCGUCUGGAGAGUGGUGUGCAGAUUGUGUCUGGCACCCCAGGACGCGUGUUUGACAUGAUCAAACGGCGUCACCUGCGUGUGAAUCAUCUGAAGACACUUGUUUUGACGAGGCGGAUGAGA